AUAACUUAAAAUUACCAAACCAAACAGAGCCUUAUACUCUAAUUUCUAGUCUCUUCUAACAUCCGAUCAACGCCCAUCACACUUCCCAAUACAAAACAAAAUCAUCAUCAAAAAAUUUCGCCGGAAAAUAAUCAUGCCGGUAUUCAAAACCCCAUUUAACGGCUACUCCGUCAAAUUCAGUCCAUUUUACGAGCACCGUCUCGCCGUCGGCACUGCCCAGAACUUCGGCAUCCUCGGCAACGGCCGUCUCCACAUCCUCGACCUCAACCCCUCCCAGCCCAUCUCCCAAUUCGCCUCUUUUGACACCUCCGACGGCGUUUACGACGUCGCCUGGUCGGAAUCUCACGACUCCCUCGUCCUCGCCGCCGUUGCCGACGGCUCCAUCAAGCUCUACGACCUCUCCUUGCCACCCACUUCAAACCCAAUUCGUUCUCUUCAUGAACACACCCGUGAAACUCAUUCUAUUGAUUAUAACCCGACCCGACCCGACUCGUUUCUUUCGUCUUCUUGGGACGAUACGGUGAAGCUGUGGACUAUUGAUAGGCCUACUAGUGUGAGGACUUUUAAGGAGCACGCGUAUUGUGUGUAUUCGAGUAGUUGGAAUCCCCGGCACGCGGACGUGUUUGCGUCCGCGUCCGGGGAUUGUACGGUUCGGGUUUGGGAUGUGAGGGAACCCGGGUCGACUAUGAUCAUUCCGGGUCAUGAGUUUGAGAUUUUGUCUGUGGACUGGAAUAAGUAUGAUGAUUGUAUUUUGGCAACCGGGUCGGUGGAUAAGAGCAUUAAGAUUUGGGAUGUGAGGAAUUAUCGGGUUCCGAUGUCUGUUCUGAAUGGGCAUGGUUAUGCGGUGAGGAAGGUGAAGUUUUCGCCGCAUAGGGGGAGUUUGUUGGUGUCUUGUUCAUAUGAUAUGAGUGUUUGUAUGUGGGAUUAUAUGGUGGAGGAUGCCCUUGUGGGGAGGUAUGAUCAUCAUACGGAGUUUGCGGUUGGUGUUGAUAUGAGUGUGCUUGUGGAAGGGCUUAUGGCUAGUACUGGUUGGGAUGAGCUUGUUUAUGUUUGGCAGCACGGGACGGACCCCAGAGCACAAUGAUAUAGGGGAGUUGUUUUAAAUGUUUCUUAUGUUGUUUACAUCUUGUUUUAGUUAAUGCUGUGACAUUUUUAUGAAUGGAAAGUGAUCAAGUGAUAUAGAUGUACACAUGUUCUUAUAACUGCAAUCUGUGCCAUGUUAAUGACAUUAACAUUGCUGAAUAAGACUGUUUUUUGGAUGCUC